GGGUGCCAUCUCUUUAUCGCAUUUCUCCAUAUCAUGAACCGCUAUGUUCAAAUUUAAUUUCGACGUUGAUGAGGAAACCAACAAUGAAGCACAACAAGCCAGCGAAAAUACGAAAAGUAUCUCAGAAAACUGUGUUGACGAGGAGCCUUUCACUGAGAUAGAGCUUUCCACCCUUCUAGACACUCUCCCUUCCCUCAUCUCUUAUUCUCCGCUUCACAUACCACUCUCAUCGGAUCGAUGUUUGACACUCGCACGUCGCGAUUUCUUCGAUGCCCGAUUUCAGCUGAUAUCUGAAGAUGUCGGUGGUGCGAGUGGGACAUCCGACAGUCAUAAGCGUUCGGCUCUGCACUUCUUAGAUGCACCGUCGGAUCUUGUGCCAUUUGUUUAUGAAGGCGGAUUGAAGACUUGGGAAUGUAGUUUGGACUUGGUCAGCUACUUGGAAGAUUACAAAGUAGGAUUGAGUGAUAAUAACUUCACGGGAAACCGUGUACUGGAGAUCGGCUGCGGAACUGCGGUCCCGUCUUUGUUCAUUCUGCACGAAAUAUUCUCAUCAAAUCCCUCGCCCAACGCCCCUAAAAAAGAUACUCAUAUACACCUCCAAGACUAUAAUAGCUCUGUCCUUGAACUAGUCACAUUACCGAAUAUCUUUCUGAUAUGGUACAUGUCGCCUGCUGGCAGUGUCUACCGCGCACCUGAAUUGGACCCGGAAAGCCCUUCAGAAGUCAGCAUCACCCCUGAGCUCAUCACAUCAUUUCAGGAGUCCCUUCGAACAUAUGCGGUGCACCUGCGAUUCUUCUCUGGUUCAUGGAAGUCAUUCGAUCUACUUCAGUCAGCUGGAAAGUACAACAUCGUCCUCACUUCCGAAACGGUGUAUCGAACGGAAAACCUCCCGAGUUUAGUACGACUCAUGCAUGGCGCCUGCAGAUAUCCCUUUCGAGAUGCGUCAGCGUCAGCCGAUGAUAGUUCUGAAUACAUUUGCCUGGUAGCAGCAAAGGUAGUAUAUUUCGGAGUGGGAGGUGGCAUCGCAGAGUUUAUGCGAGCUGUAGAAGAUACACCAAUGGAUAAGGUUGGUGGGGGAAAGGGAGGUGGUACUGUGGAAACAGUAUGGGAGAAGAGAACAGGAAUAGCGAGGAAAAUAAUGCGUGUUCGUUGGGACUGAAUGUCUUGUUCACGGAAAAAUGUUGCGGUAACUGAAGGUAUAUUGGUUGAAGUCUAUCAAACCAUGGUAAAUCUGAAGCUUGUACCCUGUGCGAGGGCGCUAACGCCAGCUAGAAAGCAAGGACCACCUUCUAACGUCAGGGAAAUGUUUUACAGAAAUUGUCAAAGUUGUAACGUGGCUCAACCUUAAGCCUGUUCAAGCUGAGAAUCUCAGUUAAAUAAUGUGAUACAAAAGGAUAUCAGAUCUGGUAUACAUUGGACUUGUAGAAGUUAUGCGGGGGAAUAUGCAGGUGGCGGGUCAUUGGCAGGAUCUGUCCCAGCAACGCUGGGCCCAGUAUGUUGUCUUUCCCUAUAUGCGGGUACGGUGGGUGUACGGGCGGUGAGCUAGAAGGGGCGAUCACCGCUGCGCUGUUCUGUGUAUGCUCCUCUGCUCUCGAAGAUAGCAUCGUACUAACUGGACGCUGUUGGGGAGAAGUCGGGAGAUGAUGCUGGCUAGAUGUCGACAGCGACGAUCGAUGCGAAGCUACGACUACUGGUACAGGCAUCAGCGGUGCUAUGGAGGCAGACUGCGAAACUUGCGAUUCUGGCCUCAUUUGCCACAGUCGGGCGUCAUGAUAUGGUCGUUCUGGUUGGCGUAGAUACAGAGGAGGCGGGUAAUUCGACUCAUUUGAUGGAGCCGGAGCCCUUGUAGGUCCCAUGCGCUCCUCUAGCAUCUGUCUGCGAAACUGCAUGAAUAUUGGUGAGCGGAUUCGGCCGAACCGCUGUGCACGUCUGUGUGGUGGGAUUCUGCCAGUCGACAGGACUGGCUGACGAGGGUAGCGUCGGCCUCGGACGAUUCGAAUCAUGCAGAAGAAAAAUAUAAGGCAGAAAACAGUCACAGCUGCCAAAGAUUGGCAUGACCUCAGGAAAAGGUUUCAAGCGAUAUUGAAGAGAACAAGACGCACCCACUGCAAUAGCCAGUGUCUUUAUUUUGCUCGAGUUUUGGUUAUAACAUUGGGAGGGUCUGGAUCAUACGUAUAUAUGGGGAUGGGGAUGAAAUAAAUGUUUGGGAAAUUAGCUAGUCAAAGAUGGGAGUCGACUACUCACUCCAGGGAAUCGCAACUUGAUCCAUCUACGCCAGCAACGAAGGACAAUAGCAAGAAGCUGCUGAAGACAACGUUCACAAAGCACGUGCGAUAAACAUAACGGAGAGUGUUCAUCGGCAACAUCUACACCAGAGACUAAGGCGUUGAGAGCAAGUGAUAAGGUAACUCAGUCUGAAGCGCUAAAGUUUGCCUUAUGGAGGGUGUCUUGAGUGCUAGUAUCCUUCAGGUACAUACCCACCGUCCAAGCUUAAGGCGUGAAGCCCGUGU